GAUGUUUAAAAACUGGUUCCUUCCACCGAUUUCUUUUCACCUUAUUUGCUAAUCCAAAAUCUGAUUUCCAUAUAUCCGCGUAUACGGUAUUCCAGUCCUGAGGAGAACGAUAUCGACUGCUAGACCGUGAAAUAUGUCGACGAGGCAAUCUCCGAUUUACCAAAGAUAAAUACCUGAUAUUUAUCCGAGACGAGCGUAUCUAUCUUUAAUGAAAUCAUCCACAAACUUACCAGAUAGAUGGAAUCCGAAGCACGACAAUCGCUGUCCAGAUAAUUAUAUCAGCAUGGUCAAAAGAUUUAAUCAGCGGUGAUCGUUCGCUAAUCGGAUCGUCGUAAUGUAACUAAGUGGUCGUAAAAUCGAUUGCUCGCGAUUACGGUCGAAUUCGAGAUGCUGAUUCGUGUUCCCAAAAUCCCAAAGUUCGAAUAUUCCAAAAUAGUCCUAAAGUUCGAAAAUUGUAAAGUUUCAAAGUUCUGGGAAUUUCUGUGUGGAAAGAUAGAGAUCUCGGUCGCGAUCUCACGGCAAGAAGACGCGACGGGCUGCUGUGGGCCUUUUCUCAUUGAGUCAGUCAGUCAGUCAGUCAGUCAGUUUGCCGCAGAGACGCGGCCCGUACGCACGUCUGUAUGCGCGUCUUGUUUGAGCGAAGAUCGUGCAACCGUGUGGCGGCUGCAUUAUCGACGGAGGCGACUGCGGGCGAAGCAUCGGCAAUUGGUCGUCGGUCAACCGGUCGGCCGCUUGUUCGUUUGUGUUCGAUCGCAAAGUUGAUCCCCACUGAAUACCGCACCCGGGUCUCCGGCCGUCAGCUCGUUAGAUCGCGUGCGUGAGAACGUGGCCGCGCGUCGUCGAGUCUUCUCGUGAAAUCCCGAAUUUCACGGGUCGAAUCGCGCCCGUGUUCUUCGACCCUACAUUUACGUAGCUCAUAAGUGUACCGAAACGAGAGACACGCGCACCGCAGGACGAAACGCAGCAGGAACCGCGGAGAGAGAUAGAUUUACGUAGCCACAAGGGGGCUAGUCAUAAACCGUGCAACACCUGGCGGCACGUCGUUAAUUAUGCAGUGGGCCGCAGCCGCCCUGGCCUCGGCGGCGAUCGCUCUGCUCCUGGACACGGCGGCCGCAAGACAUCACCAUCGUUCCGGCAAUGGGCACAAACCGUCCGGUGACAUUUCCCUUUGGAUCGACCAGCAACAGAUCAAAAUGUUCAGUGGACUUGAGAUGGAAAUAUUCGCGAUUACAGAAGGUAGAGUCUUGUCUUAUUUGUUGGAUCCUGAAUUCGAAAGUAAGCUUCCGAUUAUUCCGAGUGAAGUAACGUAUGUAAAUUUUACAUGGAAAUCCGGUGUUAAGAAAUACUAUUAUAAUUUUUAUCGAUUGAAAUCGUUCGACGAGUCGAUCCUUAAGACACCAUCUAUCACGAUUAAAACGCAGGGAAGAGUACCGAAGAGACCCAAGGAAUUUAGCGUGCUGUUACCCUGUUCCGGUAACAAUUCUGGUAUAGCUCAGUUGGGUAUCGGCCUGAUGAUCGAAACGCGUAAAGGAAAACCUUUAAAUGGAACACCCCUUCGUCUUAACCUGAGAAAAGAAUGCACCGUGCGCGGUGAGUGCGUCAAUCGCGCCCACGAUCAUCAUUUCUCUACUCACACAUACAAACCCAAUCCUGGACCUUGUCCAGAUGGAUACUUGGGUCCUCCACAUUGCAAGAAGGCAUUGUGUUAUCCAAAUUGUAUGAAUGGUGGUAAUUGUACAGCUCCUGGUAUUUGUUCGUGUCCACCAGGGUUUCAAGGUCCAUACUGCGAAGGAGGUAUUUGUGCAGAGAAGUGUUUAAAUGGCGGAAAAUGUGUACAGAAAGAUACUUGUGAAUGUCCAAAAGGUUACUUUGGGUUACGCUGUGAAUUCUCAAAGUGUGUAAUACCCUGUUUGAAUGGAGGAAAGUGUAAAGGGAAUAACGUAUGCAGAUGUCCUGCUGGGUUCAAAGGUGAUCAUUGCGAGAUUGGUAGACGAUCUCCGCAACGUUCAGCUUGCACAAGAGCAUGCAGAAAUGGAACUUGUCAACCUGAUAACACAUGUCUUUGCGAACCUGGUUGGUUUGGAAAGCUAUGCAACAAAAAUAAGCCAUGGGCUUAAAACUAGAAACAUGUUUCAUUGGUGGUAAUCAAUUGGAUUAAUAGAAGAAGAUCCUUAUUUAGCAUGAAAUUAAAAAAGAUCUGAAACAUUCUUUCUUCAAAUUUCAUAUUCAACCAUAUUAUUUCUUUACAUUAAAAAUAACAUAUGAAAGAAUUAAAAAUCCAAUUGGUUAAUACCACUCAAAUUAAUGUGUAUAGUAAUUUACCCCACCCCAAAUGUGAUAUGUAAAGCUGCUUUACAACAUUUUAUACUAUUAAAUAUUUUUAAUAAUUUA